UACCAUUCGCAAAAACGCUUCCGGUUUUUUACCACGCCAAUUUUUGUUUGAAGCUUAGAACCGUUUUUUAGGAUGCCGGAAUCUGAUCAAGACUAGUAGAACGAAUGGCCUUUCAAAUGUUAUAUUCCAGAUAAUACGAAAGCCGGAAGUUUCGCCGCACGUCAGCUCCAUCAAUGUCGUCAUCAUCGUCAUCAUGGCAUCGCGGCCAUCAAAACCUCAUUCGCAGACCGUUACACGUGCGAUCCGCGACGCCGACGUCGCUAUCGCCGAUGAACUACUUCACGGCGCAGAUCAAGCCAUGGCACAUCCUGUGCGUGCUCGGCCUCGCGACGCAGCUGUACAUCUUCCGCCAGUACGAGCUCGGCUGCAAGUGCCGCCAAGCGUACGCAGCAGCCGGGCUUCAGUACAGUAGUUCCGGCGUUACAUCUCAGCAGCAGCAGCAGCAGGGCCAGGGCUCGUACGGUUCCGGCGUUGCAUCUCAGCAGCAGCGCGGCGGUGAUGCGAACGGGGAUUCGUACGGGUGGCAGGGUGAUGGUCGAGGGGGGGAGAUUCCGCACCACGGGCAGCUGGAGACCUCCUGGCAACACGGGCAGGAUUCAAAAAUUUCACAAGAUUACCAGCAGCAGCAGCAGCAACAACAAUUGGAGCAGGAGGAGCGAAAGAAUAAGCAGGAGCAGGCUGGUCAGCUGGUCAAUCAAGGCGAGCCACGUCAGCAGCAACGGAACGAGCACAAGGCAUCCAAAAUGGAGCCUUAUCCGCAAGCGUUCGCUGGGAUGGACGAGUCGCAGCUGCACCUGGUGGCGCACGACACCUGCAAGCUGGAGAAGGUGGGGGGGCGGGGGGGCGACGACUACGGUGCGUGGAGCCUCUGCACCAAUCAUGUGCGGCCAGGUGGCGUGGUGUACUCGUUUGGCAUCGGCGCUGACGUGUCAUUUGACAACGGGAUGGUGAACCGUGGCCACAAGGUCUUCGGCUUCGACCCAACCGUCCCCCCAGAGCGCGUGCAAGCCAUGUUCAAGGACCACCACAACCGCGACCAGCCCUCGGCCUUCCAAUUCCGGCAGCUCGGUCUGGCGGGCAUGGACGGCAUAGUGACGUUCUUCCACUCCAAGAACCCCCGAGUCCAGUCCAUGACGGCCGUCAAGCCCGAGAAGCUCUCCGGGCGCUUCGAGGCCCAGGGCAUGCCGGCACCCGUGCUGCGACUCCCCACGUUCAUGUGCGGCAACGGGCACGGAUUCGUGGACGUGCUCAAGAUGGACGUGGAGGGCGUGGAGUUCGACGUGUGCGACGCGUGGCUGCGCAUGCGGUCGCCGCUGCCGUUUGGGCAGAUUCUGAUUGAGUUUCAUGAUCGCAUGGUCACGGAUGCCAAAGCGAGGAAGGGCGCGUGCUUGAGGGCGCUGGCGAGGAACGGGUUUGUGGAGGUGUAUGUGAGCGAGAACUUUCAAGAGGCGACCUAUGCACGGAUGGCCAAGAAGGGAAGGGAUGACACCAUGGCAUGAGGCUAGGCUACAUGUGAGGGAUUGUCCCCAAGAAAGGCACAGUAUGGGGGACGUUCAGUGCACACAGUGUAUAGUGUCUGAUCUCUUGGUUUCUUCAUUAUUGUUCUCCAGCAAGGCUGACGUGACAGGAUUACCACAGGCUGUCACCUGGUAUUCUUUGGUGGACAGGGACAAGGUGCAACCAC